GCAGAGCUCCCCUUGGACAAAUGGCUGCAUCAUUCGUAUAGCACCAUGAAUAACUACUCUCGCGCUGUUGCUACCACGUUUGUCCAUGCCAGACCCAUAUCAGCCUUCUAGUUAGGAUCCCAUAUACCCAAUCGACAUCCUUCUGGCAGUCCCGCCACCGCCGAGGCCCUAGCUAACUGGCGCAAGGGGAAAAUCGCGCAUUUGCUCAAUUGAUGAGAGAGGCUGCCCACUUAUUAGGGAGAGGGACGCGCUGAUCCGGAGAUGCGAACGCAGUGCCAUAUAUCUGUGGUGGCUCCCAUUCCCAGCAACGUUCCUCCCCGCUUCGCACUGGAGAUCCUGCAGACGUACAUUCCGUGCCUGAGCCAGAUCCCCGGCGUCGUGCGUUACGAUGAAAUCUUCACGGAGCCUACCAUGAUCGCCAGCGACCCCUUCUUCGGGCCAUGGGACGAGACUGUAUGCGCGUAUCAUAUCGAGGCUGCCAUCUAUCUGCUUCCGGGGCUCACCAAAACCUACAACUGGCCCGCCAUCUUCCAACGAGCCCCGUCCGGUAUGCGGACCCGCGGCACUGCUCCCACUGGCAUCGUUACGCGGGCGGCGUGGACCGUUCGUCGAUCCCGAGAUAGUAUGCCUCUGAGCGACUUCGGGAAGCUGUAUGGCACCGUGGCGAACAAAGCUGAGGAGUGGGAGAUACAUGUUGACCAUACUCUCGAGGCCAGCUCGCUCAUCAUGCCGUUUGCACAACGAUACUCACAUCGUGCUAUUUCCGUACUAUGUCAGAGGGUUGCGGAGGAAAUAGCCCGGUGUUAUUUGCAAAUAUUAAUGUAGCAUAUACAACAGCCCUUCUGCAGGCCAACAUGCAAUCCCAACUUAGAGAUGACAUUUUAUAUAGAUAUGGUUCUGUUUGAUAGAGACUUCAUAACGCAGCAAAUUAUCUUUGCUCCGAGAGUAAAUUUCCG